AUGGCCGCCGUCCAGCCGCUCGUUGUGGGCGUGAUCUUCCCCGCCAAGAAGAUCGAGCGACUCGAAGCGCUACUCGGCCAAGAAGAGCACGGCGUCCGCUUCGUGAUGAUCAACUUGGAGGCCGCAGCGCCCACUGGAACGUCCGUAAGCGCCUCUGACAUUGAAGCUGCGGCGCAGCGCCUUGCUGCCCGCUACAAGCCCUUGGACGCAAUACUGCACAAACUGGCACAUGAUAUGGUGUUCGCUGGUCAGGGCGACAAGGAAGCAGCCACCCGCGUGAAGCUCGUGCAGGAGUUUGAGCGCCAGAACCCGUCGGUGCGCGUGAUGGAUCCGCUUGACAGCGUGCGGUUGCUCACGUGUCGCUACGCGGCCUGUCAGAUGCUUCGGACAAUGGAGACGGUCACUGAGCCAUCGCCGAGCUGCUUCAAGGUGCCGUUUUUCCAUGUGGUGCAGAACUCUGAGCACUUUCAGAACCUCUUGACGGAGCUAGACGCUGGACGCACGAGACUGCCACUCAUUUGCAAGUCUGUGGAAGCCUGCGCAACGGAGCGGUCGCACAUGAUGAGCGUCAUCACGAAACGCGAAGACUUGGUCUACGUCGAGUACCCAGUGUUGUAUCAGGAGUUUGUCAACCACUCGGGUCGUCUCUAUAAAGGGUACGUGCUUGGCGACACCAUUAAAGUGGCAGAGCGACGCUCGUUGCCGAAUCUUGUGGCUGGAGAUGCCCAGCAAGUGCACUUCAACACCCAGGAGGACUACCCCACGAGUGGGGAUUUCCACUCCCAUGAUGUCGAUGACAGCACUUUGCAAGUAACGACUGCCAGUAGUGAACCGACGCAGGAAAAGAUAUUUGCGGCCGUGCGCUUGAUCGGCGAGCGCCUUCGCGACGAGCUGAAACUGACCCUUUUUGGCUUCGACGUCAUUGUCGCGGAUGACGGCUCGCGAGAUCUUUAUGUGAUUGACGUCAACUACUUUCCGUCCUACAGAGAGCUUGACGACUUGAGCAUUGUUCUCAGGAAACACCUGAAGCAACUCUGCGGUCGUCAGUAG